UAUUUUUUAAACCCUAAUACGCUUGCGCACGGUUUUAACAAUACUGAAAUCAAAUUAUCAGAAACUAAAACAAAAACUAGCAAAUUGCAAGAUAAGUGACAUCAAUCAAUAUGGAAAAAAUCGGUAAUUACAUAAAAGGAACUUGUACUGAAAUGUGCCCAUCUGAAGAAAUAAAAAUGCGUGAGAGAGAAAAAUUGUUACAUGUCUUAGAAAUGGUCCCUGGGACCGAAAAAACCAAACAUCCGAAGGCUAGUAAAGUGCACAUGGUUAAAAGUUUCAGUAGAUCAGCAGCAGGCAAGCAAAUUAAACCAGAAACUUUGAGACCACCUCAUAUUUUACUAAAAACAGUCAAGUAUCUUCUUUGCGACGUAAUACAUACAAAACGGCUGCCUUGGCAUUCAGUUUAUGAUUUCAUAACAGACAGAUUAAUGGCAGUACGACAGGAUUUGGUCGUUCAAAAUGUUUCUAAAGCUGAAAGCAUAACAAUACUUCAACCUAUAGUACGUUUCCACGCAUAUGCCGCUUACAGAUUAUGUGAGGAAAUCAUUGCAAACUUUGACGCCACUCUCAACAAUAAGCAUCUUCAAGAAUGUUUGAAAAAAUUACUGUACAUUUAUGACAGUUAUGAUUUUCUGGAUUUAGAGAUUAAGACCGUGUGUAAUGAUUAUUUCAUAGAAAACAGGCCUGAAUUUGAGGCACUUUACCUCAUAUUUAAUUUAGGAAAUGAUGAGGCACUAGCACGGUCAUUAACAAUCCCAAAAAAAUGUAAAACCAAAGUGGUAAAAGAUGCAAUUAAGCUGUCUUUCUGUUUCAAAUAUGGAAAUUUCGUGCGGGCAUGUCGGAUUAUUAAAAAUCUGCCAGCAUUAUUGGCUGCUGUUGCAUCUUUACAUUUGGGUGAAAUGCGGAGGAGAGCAUUUCAAAUAAUGUCCUCGGCUUAUCACAGUAAAAACCUCGUUUUUCCUAAUGAAGUUUUACAAGAGAUUUUAUUGUAUGGAAGUUUGGAUGAGUUGUUGCAAGAUUGCGAAUAUUAUCAUAUCAGAUGUGAUAAAGAAAAUGUAUAUUUCUUAAAACAAGCAUUUGAUAGUACAAAGGCCAAAGUUGGCACUAGACACGAAUAUUUUGUUAAAAACAAAAAAAUGGAAGACAACCUAGAUGUAAUAAUAUUGGGUUUAUAACAAUAAAAUUUUCUACAAAACGUA